AUGGCUGAAUGGUGUGCCGAUCAUCUCCGAAACUGUGAAGGCUGGAAGAGUGCCGGACUGGAGGUUUCGACGACUUCCGACGAGAAUGCGAAGUGGCUCGACGCGUGCAUCCGACAACUCGUCUCGUGGUCCGAUUGCGAAAGUCUCGGAGGGUUCCAUACUUCGUUGGAGAAGUUGGUCACAUCUGAUCCCGAUGCCAGUGAGUUUCUCCGAUAAUAAAUCUUGCUUUCUGGCUUCCAAAUGAGGUUCAGCACAUCAAAAAGCUAUCAGAAUUUAUGUUGACACCCUUAGCGGACUGGUAUUCACCUAAAAAUAGGUAGUUAGCCUCAAACUGACGGAACCAAUUCAUCCCAGUUCACGUCCGAUCUGGCCCAAUACACUUGAUGGUCCCCGGUUGUAACCUUUGAACAUUUUCAGUAAUGGCUCGAGCGUUCCUCAUCGGAUUGACGGGUCUCGGCACAGAAUCGGCGGCGCGUGACGUGGAAUUUGCCAAAAAGAUGAGCCAACUGGAAGUGGACGCCGAAAAACACGGAAACGAGCGGGAGAAACGGCACGUGCGGGCUGCCGUUCUUUGGGGAAGAGGCAGGCACCACGAGGCGGCGGACGAGUGGGACCGUCUGCUCGACGACUUCCCGACCGACCUGAUCGCCGUGAAGUUCUCGCACGACGCGCACUUCUUCAACGGAAGUUCGACAGGCAAAAAGAACGCGAUUGAGAAGGUGAUCGAGAAGUGGAGUGGCGACGAGCCGUGUCACAGUUAUCUGCACGGAAUGUACGCGUUCGGGCUCGAGGAGUGCGGACUGUACGCGGAUGCGGAGGCGGAAGCGGACAAGGCACUGCUCCUCAACCGCUUCGACUGCUGGGCUUCCCACGCGAAGGCGCAUGUGCUCGAGAUGAACGGACGGCACAAAGAGGGAAAAGAGUUUAUGUACGCGACCGAGCACGACUGGCGGGUGAGCUAGUUUUAUCGAACACCGACCGAUGGGAACCACCGUCUAAACGAAUGCUUUCAGCAAGGCUGGAUGCUGGCGACGCACAACUACUGGCACACGGCCCUCUUCCACAUCGAGCACGCCGAGUACGAGUCGGCGCUGAGCAUCUUCGACCGCGAGGUCGCCAAUCGAUUCAACCGCACCAACUCGCUGCUCGACAUGGUCGACGCGAGCUCGCUCCUUUGGCGAUUAGAGUUGGAGGGUGUGAAUGUGGGCAGAGAGCGGUGGCGGAAGAUCGAGAACCUCGGGCGGUACAUUGAGAAUCACUCGAUCGUCUUCAACGACGUUCAUUUGGGAGUGGCACUGUACCGGCAGGAGGAGUACGAGACCGAGGAGAAGAUGGAGAAGUCGUUGGAGAAGUAUUCGAGGUGAGAGAUCCGCUUGGAUCCUUUCUUUGGUUGACGAGAACACUCAAUCGUUUCAGUCUGCUCUCCGAGGACAACGCACAGAUCAGCAAGACAAUCGGAGUGCCGCUGUACACUGGAAUGCUCGACUACGCGCGUGGGGAGUACGAUCAAGCAGCCAGGACCAUGUACCCGAUCCGAGAGAAAGUCGUGCAGAUCGGAGGAUCCCACGCCCAGAGGGAUCUCUUCGUGCAGACCCUCAUCCAGUCGUGCAUUCAGAGCAAGGAUCCCGAGAAUUGGAGCCGCACGCCGGGACUGUUGAUCGAACGGGAAACGCUGAAACAUGACUCCCUGCUCGGACAGAGAUUGGCCGAGAAGUUCAGGAGAAUGCAUCCGUUAUAA